AGAAAAACAAGAAAAAAAAUAUUCUGAACCAAUGGACUGCAGACAUAGUACAGGAGAUGACCAGAGACUGCAGACACAGAGAUGACCAGAGACUGCGGACAUAGUACAGGAGAUGACCAGAGACUGCAGACAGUAAAGGAGAUUACCAGAGACUGCGGACCUUUGGGGAGGGAGGGGGAACGGGUUCUGAAUUUGACAGGUACCCGCUCCCACUUCCACGGAGUUGUCCUCCCUUCUUCUUCCCGCGGCGGCUUCUGUGACAGCCGGGUGCCCAAUGCGCAGCGCGAGAAGCGCCGCGCUUUGUGAAUGGCCCGGAGCCUUCUGGG